AUGGAUCAAUUCGAAUUCAACGAAGCCGAUGUCUGGAACACCAAUGCCGACCAAACGGAGUCCAAGAAACCUAAUUCGAACUCCCGAAAAGCUUUUUGGGAAACCGAGAAGAGCCCCCCGAUCAAGGCGAAAAUUCAGGCGUUGAUCAUUCCAGGGCCAUCGAGUAGGGCACGUGUCGGAGACUAUUAUGAGGACGGAAAUGAAGGAAUGCCCCCGCACGAGUAUUUGGCGAGGACGAGGGUGGCGUCGCCUUCGGUGUGUGUAGGGAAGGGGCGGACUCUCAAGGGUAGGGAUUUGAGCAAGGUAAGGGAUGACAUCUAG